GUGAAGUCGUAUAUAGUGCACUUUAGUUUUGGAGAAGUGAUAAUUUAUUCCAACAUCAAAAAAUUUACGUUGUGUUAUUGGAUUGACUAGUUAUCUUUUUAGAUUAAGAACACAAGAAGAAAUCUACAAAAAUGAUUGAACCGGAGGAAAAUAAAAAAACUGCAGUCCAGCCGGUUGAUACCAACCUUGCUAAAGAUACAGAAGAAGUUGAUCCUACUAUGGAUUGUGAAGAACACAAAGUCGAGGAGGAGCUUGUAGGACCAAUUACUGGAACUCCAUACGACGAAGACUUUUAUGACGAAAGAGAAGACGAAGAACCAGAAGAGUGGACUUCUCCACCGCCUUCUCCAGUGCCACCGAUCGCUUUUGGAGUAGAUGAUGAGUAUGAAGAAGAUGGCUGCGAUGAGGAACACGUGUCCGAUCUGGCUUAUGGCUUAGAUAAUGUUAGUUUUUUUAUGCAGGCCAUUGAUCAAUCAAAUACAGAAACCAACAAUAAAAUGCAUUUACUGGGCGUGUACAAGUGUGUAUACCUUACGCCAAAGGACGAGCAGGACGCGACAGAGAACGAGCAAGAAUCGGAAAUCAUCGAGAAAAACGCCCAAUAAUCUUGAGAAAUCACAGUUAAAAUAACCAACAAUACACCUUAUUUAGUUUAACAGUUUUAAAUAGCCUAAGACUAGCUGCCUAGCCUAGUACUAACUUUGUUAGUAGAAAUAUUAAAAUGGACGUUUGGCAUUUUUAUCAUUUUUGAUUUUACAUAUCACACUAAUUGGGAUUUAUCGGACA